AUGUCGGUUCUCCUUGAGACCAGCGCCGGCGACAUUGUGAUUGACCUUUUGGUCGAUUACGCGCCCAAAAUGUGUGAAAACUUCCUCAAACUCUGCAAGGUCAAAUACUACAACUUCUCGCCCAUCCACUCCAUCCAAAAGUCCUUCUCCUUCCAGACCGGCGACCCCCUCGGUCCCUUGUCCUCCGAAUCCAAUGGCGGACAGUCCAUCUGGGGCCUCCUCUCCGGCGACCCCUCCGAAAAGACCUUCCCAGCCCUCUUCCACCCCAAACUCAAACACCUCGAGCGUGGCACCGUCAGCAUGGCCACCGUCCCGCACCCUUCCGACCCCGAUACCCGCCUCGCCGGCUCCCAAUUCAUCGUCACCCUCGGCGACAACACAGACUACCUAGACGGGAAGGCCGCCAUCUUCGGCAAGGUCGUCGAAGGCUUUGAUGUAUUGGAAAAAAUCAAUGACGCCAUCGUCGACGAGCGCGGCCACCCCCUGGUCGACAUCCGCAUCAAACACACCGUCAUUCUCGACGACCCCUACCCGGACCCGGCCGGCAUGCGCGAGCCAAGCGCUUCACCACCGCCUAGCAAGGCCCAACUAGCCACGGUCCGCAUCGCCGAAGGCGAAGAGCUACUAGAUGUCGAAGCCAGCGAAGAAGCCGCCGCCGAAGCAGAACGAAGGCGUCGAGAGCGCGAAGCGGCUGCACAAGCACUCACGCUGGAAAUGAUGGGCGACCUACCCUUUGCCGAAGUCAAGCCGCCCGAGAACGUCCUGUUCGUGUGCAAGUUGAACCCGGUGACGACGGACGAAGACCUCGAGCUGAUCUUCAGCCGGUUUGGCAAGAUUCUGAGCUGUGAAGUAAUCAGGGAUCAAAAGACGGGAGACAGUUUGCAGUAUGCGUUUAUCGAGUUCGAAGACAAAAAGAGCUGCGAGGAGGCUUACUCCAAGAUGGACUCGGUGUUGAUUGAUGACCGGAGAAUCCACGUGGAUUUCAGUCAGAGCGUCAGCAAGCUGAGUGAUGUGUGGCGGUCAGAGACGAACUCAAAGAGGAAGAGUGCGGCGAGGAGAGGAGGGGGUGGAGGAUGGGGUGGUGUUGACGAGUUGGAGAAGUGGAGGAAGUAUAGAGAUGAGGAUGUUGAGUGGCGGAAUGACGAUAGCUAUCAGAUGGUGCACGGAGUGGAGGACUUGAAGGGGAGGAGGCUUGAUGGUGAUAAGCCUCCUGCUAGGGAUUCUCGACCUGAUGUUAGUGGUGGCCGUGACAGGUCC